AUGGCCCGCCUGCUGGGCAUCCUGCGCAGCUCCCAGCCCGUGGCGCGCUUCCAGCGCUCCUGCGGGCUCUUCCCCGCCGCCGAGGAGGGCGGCGGCAGCGGCGAGCCCGCGGAGGGGCCCCGGGACGGCGGCGUGUGCAAUGGAGCGGCCGCGCUGCGCCGCCCGGCCGGCGCUGCCCCCGGCGGCGUGCGGAGCGGCCGCGGCCCGCAGGGUUGCACACAGAAGUAUAUUGUGAAGAACUACUUCUACUACUACUUGUUCAAGUUUUCAGCUGCUUUGGGUGAAGAGAUUUUUUAUAUCACUUUCCUUCCAUUUACCUACUGGAAUAUAGAUCACUCUGUGUCUAGAAGAAUGAUAAUUGUUUGGUCUAUAGUGAUGUACAUAGGCCAGGUCUCCAAGGACAUCCUGAAGUGGCCUCGGCCCCUGUCACCACCUGUGGUGAAGCUGGAGAUGAGGACGAAUGCAGAGUAUGGGAUGCCAUCCACCCACGCCAUGGCAGCUACAGCCAUCUCCUUCUCCUUCUUCAUUGCAACCAUGAACCAGUACAAGUAUCCAUUUGAGCUCGGCCUCGCAGCAGCGUUCGUGUUCUCGACGUUGGUGUGCCUGAGCAGGCUCUACACAGGGAUGCACACAGUCCUGGAUGUGAUUGGAGGAGCACUGAUUUCGGCCGUGCUGCUCGUGCUCUUGUAUCCUGCGUGGGACACAAUAGAUCACUUGCUGUUGACCAGCCCCUUCUGCCCAUUGGUUUCCAUAGUUGUGCCUCUUGUCUUAUGCUACAACUACCCCAAACUAGACUAUUACAGCCCUACCAGGGGAGACACCACUACCAUCUUAGGAGCAGCAGCUGGAGCAACUGUGGGAUUUUGGUUAAACAACCAGUAUGCUGCUCUAGCCCACCCUGGCACGAGUACUCAGCCUGGGCUUCCUCUGGCCAGCAGUGCAGUGGUGUUUGUGCUGGCCAGGUUCUUCACAGGGAUCUUGGUUGUGCUGCUGACCCGCUGGCUCACGAAGAGCGCGGUGCUGGGCGUGCUGGGCUAUCGCUACCAGUUCCCCAUGGGUGACCUGCAGGCCCGGAGGCGCCUGGAGGUUGAGGUGCCCUACAAGUUUGUGACGUACUCCUGCGUUGGCUUCACGGCCACCGUGCUCGUGCCGCUGCUGCACCAGCUGCUGGGGCUGAUGUGAGCCCAGCUGCUCCUCACUGAGCCCCCUGCGGCACCACCGCUGCGGGGACAGGACACUCCAGGCUGCUGACUCGACCAAAAAGUGUUUUUGUGCCUUUCUGCACUAGUGUGGUGGGUUUGGCUCUGGCUGCAUGCCAAGGGCUCACCAAAGCUGCUCUGUCACUCCUCUCUCUCCAGGGAGAGUAUAUAAUGAGAGGAUCAUGGCUCAAGACAAGGGCAGGGAGAGAUCACUCAGCAGUUUUACUGUCACAGGCAAAACAGACUCGACUUGGGGAAAUAAGUUUAAUUUAUUUUCAAACUAAUCAGAGCAGGAUAAUAAGAAAUAAAACCGAACAUUUACAACCACCUUUCACCUACCCCUCCCUUCUUUCUAGGCUCAACUUCCCUCCUGACAUCUCUAGCUUGUCCUAUCCACCAUCACAGGGGGAUGGGAAUGGAGGUUACAGUGAGUUCAUCACAUGUUGCUGCUGCUGCUCCUUCCUCCUCAGGGGCAGAACCCCUCACACUCCUCCCCUGCUCCAGCAUGGGGUCCUUCCCACAAGACAGCUCCCCAAAAACUUCUCCAAUGUGAAUUUUUCCAUGGGCUGCACUUCAUCCAGCAUGGGUUCCCUGAGGGAUCAAAAGUCCUGCCAGGAGCCUGUUUCAGUGGUGGUCUCCAAACCCUUCUUAAGGCAUCACCCUGCUUCAGUGUGGGGUCCUCCACUGAUUGCAGGCGGAUCUCUGCUCCAAAUGGACCUCCAUGGGCUG